AAUGGAAAUGAGCCUCGCGGGUAAAUUACACCGCAGUCUCCCAACUAGAUUAGCGAUGUUUGAUGACCCUAGUUAGUUAGUUAGCUAGUUAUCUGCCAUCUCUCCAAUAAUGCUGGCCACGCAGUCGCAGGCCUCCUUCUUGGCUUGACCAUCUUGCGUGUCGAUACACGCAGCCUGUCUUUUCUGACUUCACCGUGCUCCCUUACCUCUCUGUCACUGCCGAGGAUUGGCAUUCUCCAGCAGAGAUGGUGUCUCUUCGAAUGCGGCUGUUGUGCGCGGUGGCUACUCUCGUCUUUCUAGCUGGCCUAUUCCUACCGAUGCGAGAAUUGUAUCUGCUCCUCCGUUUACCGUUCGUCUGGAAAGCCUCUGCCGCCGAAUCUGUGCUCUCUGCUCAGCGCGAUGGAUUCGACGUUACUUUUGCAGCCUAUGCCAAUGACACUACAAGCGCAGAGCCCGCCCUCAUUCCCUCCCGUCUCCAUCACGUCCAUUUGGGACCCAAUCCACCGCGGCCCGAAUGGCUUACGGCCCGCGCGCAGUGCCUGGAACACCAUGCGGAAUGGGAGACGUUUCUGUGGCAGGACGAGAAUGCGACCGAAUUCGUGAAGAACCACUAUCCUGAUCUGCUCGCGACGUGGGAGAGCUAUCCCGCCCUGGUCCAACGGGUCGAUGCGCUGCGAUACAUGGUUCUGCAUACGUAUGGAGGGGCUAUCCUCGACAUGGAUCUCGCCUGCCGUCGUUCCCUCGAGCCGCUGCGUCAAUUUGAUUUUGUUGCGCCGGCCGCCCACCCGGUCGGAAUCUCCAUUGGCAUGAUGCUGGCGACGCCGAAUAACUCAUAUGUGCGGGAUCUGGUGUAUAGCCUCCCGACCUUCAACCGUCGGUGGUCACUGCUUCCCUACAUCACCAUCAUGUUCAGCACCGGCUGUCAUUAUGCGUCAACUAUCUUCACUCUGCAGUCGAAUCGAACCAGUCUCCGCGUUUUGGCUGGCACUCCCGAACGCCCGAGCCUGCACAUGCUGAACGGAUUUGUGAAUACGCCACUGUUCCAACACCUGGGGUCCUCGUCCUGGCACGGGCGGGAUGCGCAAUGGAUCAAGUUCUUCUCGCAUUGCGACCAGCGAGUCUCCUUCCUCGUGAUCGUGGUCUUUUUGCUGUCCUUCGUCGGGGUGAUUUGCUUCUGUAUCGCGCGAGGCCGACGAGCAUCGCCUCGACGGGACGCCCCGUGGACCGAGGCUUUGAAAUCGGAGAGCAAGAUGGUUUGACCCCGGUGGUUGUCACUUUAACUUUCUUUCUUGAUCGUGUGUAAUUAGCUUCUUUGGUACUCGAUCCGUUAAUUAGAUGAUGUAAU